GUCGAGAAUGUCUAGACUAGCUCGAUAACAGAACCUUUGGAACUUUAGAUGAGGAUUCCUUUGGGUGAUGUCAGAGUGCGUCGGUCAUUAUCAUGUCAACGUCACCACGAAUCCGGAAUAAGGUUAGAAUACCAUCACCACUGCACGGCGCGUGUGGUCUUGACAAUACCAUUUGCAGUACGCGUGCAGGUAUCAUCGGAAAACUGUGGGCUUCGAAAAACAUUGGCUUUCAUUGAUUUUCGAAAGGGACGGAAUGAAAAUGGAUCUGUCUGUUGCUCCAUGGCAUCUUGCAGGAUCAUUGCCGUGUAAUGCUGAAGAAUGACACGGGCGUCCGGAGCAAAUCUGCACACAGACGAGGAGCCGACACUUUGGGUUUCAGGAUGACCGCAACGUCUGAAACCAUUGACUUCUUGGCCGUAGGAACUGUUUUCCAAACGACAGGAUCAUUGAUGUGUAAUGUUGAAGGAUUGGAAGACCAAGCGUGAACGGUUCGGCGGUAGACGUGAAAAGGGUCUCUACAGCCGAGCGUUCCGGGCUUUCAAGAUGGCUGAUGUGUCCGGGGCUUCCUCGUCGCUCUCCGUGUGGAUUUCAUGCUUCACACUUAUAGCAAUGGCGGAAUCAGCCCUGUACCGAGUGUUUCCAGAAUCUGCUGCCGUGUUAGUCGGACACAACGUAACCAUGAACUGCGCAUUCAGCGGGCUCUCAGCGAGUGACGUCGUCAACUGGCACAAGUACAAUCCUUCCGAACCCGACGGCAAACCGUUCCACGUGUCCUCGGGGAGCGUCGUGGAUCCCGAAUUCCCCCGAUUCUCCAUCGUCGGUAAUAACCGUAGCGGAGAGUUUAACUUGCGGGUGACGAAUGCUCAACCAGCCGACGCCGGGAACUACCGGUGCGGGGUGUUCUCAUUCACGGACACGAGGGAUGCAAGGUUGACUGUCGUCGUUCCCCCGCCGUCAUCACCUGUCGUACUCGGCGACCUGUCACCUCGCGCAGCCGGCAAAAGUCUCAUCCUGUCCUGCCGGUCUGAAGGGGGCGACCCGCUCCCGACCCUGGCCUGGUAUAACGGCACACAGCGGUUAGACCUGCCACGUGAAGCAAUGGUAGAGCAAGCGGUCAGAAGAAUAUCUCUAGACCUGGUGAUCUCGUUCCUGACCAAAUGGGAUAAUGGAGCCAACUUCAGCUGUGAAUCUGACCAGGGCUUCCCUUUCCUUACUGACCCGCUGGUCACUUCAGUGACAAUUCAAGUUAGGUAUCCUCCAGUUGUUAAGGUCCCAAAGAUGUCAGUUGUAGUGACUGAAGGACAGUCAGCGAACCUGAGCUGUGAGGUUGACAGCAAUCCCAGAGCAUCAUUGACCUGGUGGAGACUCGGCGACAGCUCACCCCAAGGACCUCUGGGGAGAGGAAGUGUCCUUACUUUGACAAAUGUGACCAGCUUCGACCUCGGCACGUACCAGUGCACAGCGCGGAAUGGAGUCAAACCAGACGGAUUUGGGACGAUGGCAUUAGAUGUCAGAUUCCCACCCCUCAUCAAAUCCGUCUUUGAUGAGGAGACGACGGUUAUGUACGGACAAGCCGGUUUCUCUUUAAACUGCCAGGCAGAAGGAAACCCGAAACCUAGAGUCCGAUGGAGGCGGAUUGGCACCAGGGUGUUCUAUGAAAACCCUCUAGCGUUCUCCGAGAUAGGGUAUGCCAAUGAAGGGGCGUAUGAAUGCGUCGCUAACAGCAAGGGCUUUCAAGCAGUGAGCAGGAGCACGUUCAUCAACGUCGUAGGUAGACCGGAGGUCCUCAACGUCUCGUCUACAGUUUCUGUCACGAGAGGCGAGCCUGUCAGUCUUACCUGUUUAAUCCGUAGCGACCCUACUCCUGACAAGAUCACAUGGUUAUGGAGAGGUCGGAGUGGUCAGAGAGACUUUGAUGAUAAAAGUAAAGGUGACGUAGAUGUUAAAACUGUCUACGGCGACAAGAUACAGAGCAAGUUGACUAUAUCUUCUGCAACAAAAGACCUUGCAGGAACAUACAUGUGCAAGGCAACCAACAAGUUCGGCUCGGACUUGAGAGAGUUUCGACUAACAGUUUCAGUUUCUCGUGUAGCUGUUGUUGGUGUGAUUGCCGGGUCUGCAGCGGUGGGGAUGCUUCUUGCCGUUGCUGCCAUCAUCACUCUGAGUAUCAGGAGGGGCUGGAUCCGACGGGAUAGGAAGGAAAAAAAAUCUUCAAAAUCAGAGUCCAUAGCUUACUGCAUAACGAGAGGUUCUGCGAACAAAAAAAAGAAGAACGGCUCGCCGACUAAGAGGUCUGCGAUAGAGUUGCAGCACUUUGAGAAACCAACGAUACACAGCUCUCCUGCUCGGCGGGAUAGAAACACAUAUUCGAUUGACCUUCUACAUUCAAGUGAUGUAGAACGAAAAAUCGACUAUCCUAGCAACGAGAAGGAACAGUUCUAUGAGGAAGACAUUUGCCUUCAACACAGCCCUUAUAGAACGGGAAGACAAACGAAACUGGACUUUACUAACCGCAGAUGCUGACGACAUUUGUGACCUGGGAAAGGAAAUUAAAGGAUCCAGCGGCUUUAACUACAUCUUUCGAUCAACAGUGACUUACUUUUAUUUCUAAUCAAGAGAAAGACGAUACGCUGACGACUGCUUAGAAACAGUUGUAUACCAAUGACAGCUAGCUUUCGAGAUGUUUUCCAUCUUUCUCUGUUGCAGUUAUUCUGUAUCAACAAAUCCUUCCUGGAAUAUCUGAAUUCCCCUUGCUUCCAGCAGACGGCACCAGACAGCAAAGUCACCAGGGCUGCCGAAGAAAGGUCAGAAAGGACAAUGAAUGUCCUUUCUGAUCCCACGGUAUACUUGUGAAGCCAUUGUCUAGACACCUGCCAAACAUGAAGGCAGAUUUAUGUAUGAUACGAUUUGCAAUCUGUGAUUGUACUGGCUUUAUGAAAUCACGAAAAAUUAAUAAAAGCACCAAAUAACUGAGGAAAAAACUUUAACGACCACAGUGGAUAAAGAAUACUUUUCCUAUUUCAGUUUUUGGUUGACAUGUAUUUUGUACUUCAAAACAAUGUCGCCAGGGGUCGUUGAAAAACCUUUUCAUAGUUCAAACGAUUACAAUUUAGUUCUAUGCGUGUUAUUCAUAACACAUAAAACAGAGAGUUUCCGUUAUCGUCAUUGGCACGAAAAGAAUAAACCUUUUGGGGUCUAAAACAUGUUAACAUGUGAAUUACUGGACUCGAAGUCAUUUCUUGUAUUGUGUAUUAAGUUCAGGAAAACAAUAAACACUGUUACAAUAUUCAUUUUGAGAUCAUAAAGUCACACAAGUGACUCUCUGUAGACACAACAGAAUA